CCCGCGCAUGCGCUGUGAACCAAUAGUUUCUCGCGGGCCUUCAGUGAAGUUUUUCUUCGACAUGCUAACAGCCACAUGCUAACUGUUAGCCCAUCUACUACCGUUCACAGAAGCUAAUGGUGGAACUAACGUUAGCAUCAGCUGGAGCCUUACUCAUCCAGGUGACCGAAACUCAGGUGAGUUUUAGAGUCACGGUGAUGAUGUCGGUCUGUUGAUAGCUUCCCAUGAUCUUCAGUCCUCCUGUGGGCUCCUAAAUACCAACAAAGAAGAAGAAGUCUGGGGCAAUGUCUCCAGCCUCAGAGAGAGGACGACCUCUGUCUCUGGACGACUGCCGCUGUCCUGUCUGUCUGGAGAUCUUCAUUGAGCCUGUGACCCUGCCCUGCACACACACCUUCUGCAAGGACUGCUUCCUCCAGGCUGUUGACCAGGCGUCUCUGCUCUGUCCACUGUGUCGGAGGCGGAUUGCUGUUUGGUGUCGUUUGAACAACAGGAACAACACACUGAUUAAUCAGAAGCUUUGGACGUCCAUCCAGAAGACGUUUCCUCAACAGUGUGAGAGACGCCUCAGAGCACAGGAGGGGGCAGGGCCAGACAACCCUGAAGGGACAGGAACGGGGAUCUUUGAGGAUGACCCAGGAGUGUCGGUGUGUUUUCCCAGAGUCAGUGAACCCGGAGAGCUGAGGCAGGAGUAUGAGGAGCAGGUGAGCAAGCUGACAGCAGAGAGGCGGGCUCUGGAGGAGGAGGAGAGGAGGGCGAGUGAGGAGUUAAUUCAGAAGCUGCUGGCUGAGGAGGAGGAGGAGCUGCAGGAGGAGACGAAGAGGAGGGAGGAAGACGAGAGGCUGGCCAGACAGCUCAGUACCCAGCUGAACUCCAUGGUCUCUCCUGGAGAUUCUCGUCCUGCUGACAUCACACCGGCCAAGAAGAAGAAGAAGGAAGCGUGUUCAGGACAGAUCGAGAAGUUCUUGUCCCCAUGGCCGUCUAGAAGCAGCUCUUCAGUCUGCAGUUUUACAGCCAACAAGGAAAACAUCCUCCUACCUAAACGUGAUGCUUCUCCACCUCCAGUCUCUAUUACCUCUCCAUCGUCCUAUGAGGAGGAGCAGCUCCUCAGGGGUCACAUGACCCCAGAAGUCAGUGGUCUGUGUGCGAAGAGAAAGAGCUGGGAGACUCCAGAGGAGGAAGAGGACGAGGUGACAUCCUCCAAAAGACCCUGCUGUUCCUCCUCCUCUGGGCCAGAGGUCCAAAGGGAGGAGGAGCUUCUGAGCAGACGGCAGCAGGAGGAAGAGGACCGACGGCUGGCUCUGAUUCUGCAGAAGGAGCUGGACCAGGAGGAGAGACUGAGGGCCACAGACCGACGGAAAGGAUCCUCUGACGCCUACCUCCUGCGCCAGACCAGCAAGAGCACAGAGGAGGUCUGCAGGAGGCCCAGGAACACCUCCUCCUCCUCAUCAUCAUCAUCGUCCUCUGCUGGUCCUGCUAAGACUAACUCCUCCUCCUCUGCAUCUUCAUCCAGCAGGGGGAGCAAACAGAAAACACUGACAGAGAUGUUCUCCAGCCUCAACAACUAAUGACUGUCUCUGAUGGCUGUGUCCCUAAACACAAGCUACAAACCACGGACUGCUACAGACUAAAGACUUAAUACUACUACAGACCAUCACAUACUAAAGCCUAAAUACUACUACAGACUAAAGACCCUCAUGCUACAGUCUACAUACUAGAUACUAGAUACCCACAUGCCAUAGACUGGAUCGGACUACUCAAACAUAUGCUGCUACAUAAGUUCAGCUGAGGUUCAUCUACCCUGGAGGGUAAAGAAAUGGGAUGGAGGGUUGUCUUUCCUUCCUACUGUCCCUAAUCAGCCACAUCAUCAUUUGGUCUAUGCUGCUUUCUAGAUUUGAUAAUUUACCAUGAUGUCAGGUGGUAGACUAACCACGGGCUACCUGAGGGAGAGUCCAGGAUAUAUGGGCAUAUUAGAAUAGAACCAACCUUGUUUAGAAGAACAUGGUUUAUUCAUGAUCUACAUUACCCACAAUCCUAGAGUGCUACAGCGACGUCCCUGAUUGGCCAGACCCACCUGUAGUCCUGAACCUCCCUGGUUUGAUCCAGUAGUACAGGUAGAAGAGGAUCUAACAUCUGGGUCUGUUUACUGAUAGUGACUGUUGCGGGAGGGUUAGGGCUUGGACCACAUACUCAGCAUGAGGACAUGUUUACGAUGUGGCUAAGGACACAGCCUUCAUGUUACCAUGGAAACAUUCCAUGGUGUGACCAUGGUUACAGGAGAAGGAUGUGGAUGCUGUUGGAGACGAACUCAGAGUGCUGUUUUAAACAGAUUUACACAAAAUGACUCAGGGUGGACUAAUCAAACAUCAUCAGUGAUGUCAUCAUCACUUCAUCUAAUCACUGUAGAGCUCUCAAAUACCAACUGUACCACAGAAAUAAACAUGUUAACAGCC